AGCAUUUCAUUGCAGGGCCGUUUGGCUACAGCCGCAUAGAAGAAAGGAACAGUUUGUCCCACCGGCGUUUUAUUUAGCCGCAGAAGGUCGUUCGCAGCUGGACGGUAUUUCACAAUACUUAAAACCCAAACUAAUUUAAAUUCAUAGCAAGUUUGUGGCUCGAAACUUGGGGUAAUGUGAGUAUUGCUUAAAACAAAUAGAGGAACGCGGCUGUAAGUCGCGUUUGGUCCAUGGAUGUUAUGAAACCUUGCUAGCUAUUGCUACGCUAGCAGCUGACAGCUCUAGCUAAAGGCGACAGGAGACGCUGUUGAAUUGACGGUAGUCAACUAGCCAGCGAAUGCUAGCUACUCUGAGCAGUUAGAGUUAGCUACUAACGCUACGUGUGAAUUAUUAUUAUUAUUAUACCCGUACUAAAGUAGGGUGUUUGGUCUGGAACAUUGAAGCCCGGUCUAGUUGGACCAGACCCCGGGCUCAGCUUUUCCGACCCAGGAUCUCCCUUCCUUGAACUGAGUGGCUGGUUUGAUGGCAGCCACGGCCGGUGCCCGGCGGUUACCCAUGGGUGUGCGGACGUUUAGUGACUUUCUCCAGAUUGCCACUGUGGGCACCCCUCGCUCGUGUCGUGCAGCGGUGCCCAGAGGAUGCCUGCGACAAAACAUCAGACACUUGUCGUCAUGUGGCAUUUUGAUGACAAGAACUCCCAGAGUGCUUUGCCUUCAAGACUGGGACACAAUGACAGCUGUUCCCCAAAGCAGAAACUUCAUCAGUUUCACCAACAAAAGGAAGGAGUACUCCGAGCGUAGGAUACUUGGCUUUUCGAUGCAGGAAAUGUAUGAUGUGGUGGCCAAUGUUGACGACUACAAGCACUUUGUGCCCUGGUGUAAGAAGUCGCAGACCAUCGUGAAAAGAGCAGGCCAUUCCAAAGCCCAACUUGAAGUGGGAUUCCCUCCAGUGGUCGAGAGAUACACAUCUAUGAUCUCUAGUGUUCGGCCUCAUCUAGUCAAAGCAGUGUGUACGGAUGGAAAGCUGUUCAAUCACCUGGAGACAAUAUGGCGCUUUAGUCCUGGCAUUCCUGGUUACCCUCGCACCUGCACGGUAGACUUUUCUAUAUCCUUUGAGUUCCGCUCUUUGCUGCACUCCCAGUUAGCCACCAUGUUCUUCGAUGAGGUUGUAAAGCAGAAUGUCGCUGCGUUUGAGCGGCGAGCCAGUAAGCUCUACGGCCCAGAGACUCGUAUCCCACGAGAGCUGAUGUUUCACGAGGUGCAUCAGACGUGAUCUCGGUAGCUGUACGUUCUCAUCUGGCCUUAAACCAUAACAACCUUUUAUUCCCUUUAUCCACGCCAACCUGCAUGAUGCUGCUCAGUCGCCCAUCACUUUGAGUCUCCACAUAGAUAUCAUGGCUCCUGUAGACGUUAGACAUCCAACUCUUGGACUUCUUGCCUCAACAAAUUCUUGCUUAUCUCCUCCUUGUGUAAAGUCUGUCCACUUUCUGUCUACCUCCACUUACGGGAUCCUCGUUUAGCAAAAGGAACCCACCAUUGCUCUCGUUCCAUGGCAGUUACGAGCUGUAUUUAUGUAAACCAAACAGUAAAUCCUUGCAACAUCAUGUUACUAAUGGCAGAGAGUUGACUAUUAUUUUAAACAAACACCACUGUGACACUGACCAAAACAUUUAUUUAUUUUUUUUUUUUUUAGAAAAAGGCACAGACUUUCUUUCAACAGGGAUCAAGUCUUACAGUUCACUGUGAACUCAAGGUUAUGUGCCGCACUGACACGUUAUCAAGUCAAAGUGUGUCUAGUUUUAAAUUAACUGAAGCACCUGGAUAAGCUGCUUUUACUUUAUUAGGAAAGCAUACUCUUUGCCUUUUACCUUUUACAUUUAUAUCAAAUUUAAGUUUUAAUUAUAUUGUUUAUAGUAGGUAACCUGGUGCAAAAUGAUAAUUAGUUUAAUCCUUUUUGAUGUAUUCAUCAGUGGCCAUUUGCAAAUUUCUACUGUUUUAUUUGGGUUCACAUUAAAUGUGCCAUGUUUGGGACGUGGAGUGUUUUCACUAUAUGUUGUGACAAUAGCAUAGAAGUGCAACAUUUUGCAUAAGGGAAAAAAAAAGGUCAUUUCUUCAUUAGUUAGCUGUGCCCUCAAUUCACCUUUGAGGUUUGGGAACUUUGGUUUGAAUUUGUUGUGCUGUGAGAAUUGAGUUUUUGGACAUUGAGAAUUUUAAUAUGACCUUAUUUUAAAGCCCAGCACUAAUAUCAGUCAAGUGAUUAACAGAGGUGAUCUUAACUUUGCACAAACAAAGAGCACCUGACAGGCUAGAGAGUACUGUGAAAUACCGUACAUGGGAUUAACAAAAAUGUCACUGAUCAUAUAGGAGAACUACAACUUUAUAUUUGAUAAAUAUCUAGUUUUCAGACGAUCACUGAAUGAUCUGCUUUAAAUCAUGGAAUCACAGUUAUAGAAUCCGCUUGAUUACUGCAGUGAUAACAAGAACUUUGUAGUACAUGCUGUAAAAGUUCCCCAUCUCUACUUUUUGUAUUUUACAGUCCAUCUUCUAAUGGUCAUCAGGAGGAUGUUACUUCUCUGUCAUGUACAGUGGUGGUAUAAAAUAUACUGGUGGGCUGUAGAAUAAAAUAUUAUCAAUCAUUAAUCAUUGUCUAUGGGUUUAAUGCUUACUUUUUUAGGAAGGUGUAGCUUGUACUUGUAUUGGUCAUGAUGCAUGGAUGUAACUAACGGAGGCAAAAUAGUGUUUACGUGUUGCGUUGUUUGUGCAUGACUACAUUUAGAUGGGAUUUAUGUUUCAUAUAUCAGUAGCCCGUGACAUUAUUCCAUGACAAAGGGCUCAUAAAGUUCAUUGAUUGUAUUUGCCAUAUAGAGCUGACGGUGUUGAAGUUGUGAAAGGUCAAGUAUCAAGAAUGUGUGUGACCGUCCUAAUAGGCACUUCAUUAUAUCCACAUGCUCCAAGCUGGAUUUUGGCUUCAAAGUUAAUGUGGUUCAUUUUCUCUGUUGGUUAGGUGUAGGGGUGCACCGAUCCGAUAUUAAGAUCGGACAUCGGUCCCGAUGUUGACAGAAUAGCUGGAUUGGGACUUUUUUUUUUUCCCUGUCGCACGCGAGUCGCAUGCUGGAAGAGUUGAGUGUACAAAUAAAUAAGAAUUCAAUACAUUACAUCUACGUUGUUUUGUCUUAGUUAGGAAAGUAAUGUUUAGUUAGGAAAGUCUGGUGCCUUUAGUCUCUUCCACAUGGUGGAAGGAAGGUAUACAGUGUAUUAUUAAUUCAACAACGAUAUCAGAUCGGUAUCGGGUAUCGACAGACAAAGCCCAGGCAUCGGUAUCGGGACUGAAAAAGUCGGAUCGGUGCAUCCCUAGUUAGGUGAUUAGAAAUGAAGGGUUAGUUAAUCAUCACUGCAUGAAAACUGUUUGUUAAAUCGAAAACGGUCUGCGGUUCACGAUUGUAAAAUGCAAUGUAUGGAGUUAUUUCUUAAAUGAUUAAUAAACAGUAGAUCAA